GUGCACAAACACAACAGCUAAAGCGUUGUAGUGCCCUUAAUAUAGGGAGGAAUAAGGUGUUUGGGAUUGAGCCAUGAUUUGACGAACCAGCACCUGAUUACAGAAAGAAAAGUUAGCAGCAGUGUAAUGCGGAUAAACAACACGGUGAACAUUGCACCCUGUUAUGUUUAGGAGGGUGCUGGUAAAUGGUGCCACUGUUUGGAAAUCAUCACUAAUUCCCACUAACCUGCAGAUCAAGACAAUCAUGUCCCGGCAUUUGCAUGCACGAAGGCUUGAAAAAGUGGACAAGAAUGUGUGGCUGGAAUUUACAAAGCUAGCUGCUGAGUAUAAGGUAGUGAACCUGGGACAAGGAUUCCCUGAUUUUUCUCCUCCCAGCUUCCUCUUGGAGUCUCUCUGCAAGGCCAUCAAUGGAGGAGCCUCCACACACCAGUACACACGUGCCUUUGGCCAUCCACCUCUUGUCAAGAUCCUUGCCAAAUUCUUUGGGAGGAUUUUAGCCCGUGAAAUAGACCCCAUGAAGGAGAUACUGGUUUCUGUGGGAGCCUAUGGGACCCUUUUCUGUGCCUUUCAGGGUCUGGUUGAUGAGGGUGAUGAAGUGAUCAUUGUGGAGCCUUUCUUUGACUGCUAUGAAGCCAUGACAUUAAUGGCAGGGGGAAAACCUGUCUUUGUCCCCCUGAAGCCUCAAAAGGUCACCGGUCCGGCUUUGUCUAGUGCUGAUUGGGUGUUAUGUCCUGAAGAGCUAGCAAGUAAAUUUAACUCUCGUACAAAGGCUAUCGUCAUCAACAAUCCCAAUAAUCCCUUAGGCAAGGUCUUUCAGAGGGAAGAGUUACAGAUGAUCGCUGACCUGUGUAUAAAGCACGAUGUUAUUUGCUUCAUUGACGAGGUGUAUGAGUGGCUUACAUAUGAUGGAGCACGACAUAUUAAAAUAGCCAGUCUUCCAGGCAUGUGGGAGCGUACGAUCACUGUUAGCAGUGCAGGCAAGAGCUUCAGUGCUACAGGAUGGAAGGUGGGCUGGGCUAUAGGGCCGGGACAUCUACUGAAACAUCUGCAAACUGUCCAUCAGAACUCCUUAUAUCACUGUCCCACUCUUAAUCAGGAGGCUGUCGCUAUGGCUUUCGAAAGGGAAUAUGAACUGUUUGGCACAGAGGAAAGCUAUUUCAAACAACUACCUACACAGCUGCAGUCCAAAAGGCUCAGGUUAGCUGAGUGUCUGAGGAGUGUCGGACUACAACCUAUCCUGCCUGAGGGUGGCUACUUCAUGAUUACAGACAUUUCCUCCCUGAAGGUUGACUUGAAUGACCCGAACUCCAAGGAUGAACCCUAUGACUACAGAUUUGUCAAGUGGCUUAUUAAAGAGAAGCGUUUGGGUACUAUCCCUGUAUCUGCAUUUUACAGCCAAGAAAGCAGACCACAGUUUCAGAACUACAUCCGAUUCUGCUUUGUAAAGGAUGACUCUACCCUCAAAGCAGCUGAAGAUAUUCUGAGACAGUGGAUAGAGGAAAUAAAUGGAAUAUGAUUCUGUCCAAAACGAGCUUUGCAAGUCAGAUGUAUGGAAGUAGGAAGAAUCUUGCUUUAUUAUAACUGUGUAGUAAUUAAACCAAUUAUUUUUUUCCUUUUUUUUGUCUGUAGAUAUAUUUUGUUGUAUGUCAGUAACCUUGUCAAAACCCAGCUAAGUUGCUAACCAGUAAACCUCAGGACAUGUGCCCAGAAAAGUCCCUCAACAAUUCUAGCUGGUGUUACUAUACAUUUUAAUUAUUAUGAGCAACUUUCAAAAGAUCAUCUGUUUUUUUUUUGUUUUGUUUUUUUGUGUUUGUGAUUAUAGAUUCUAUAUGAAUCUAGUCCUCUACCUAGCUCUAUUAUUAUCGGUGCAUUUAUCUAAAUCUCGUAGAGCAUUAUUUUUGUCACUUUUAUGUAAAAAGUCUACUUCUGUUCUUUGUCACAUGCUCCUGCUUGAUUAUGCUCAUGUGUUUUGUGUAAGUUCAGCAGUCAAUCUAAGUUUCUUUAUUUAAUGUCUGUUUAUGCCAUGUUUUAAAUGUAGCUUCCAAAGCUUAAUGUGUAUAUUUUUGCUCAAAGCCUUGCCAUUAGUGUGUGUCUCUUGCUACUUUGCUAUGUGGUUCUAAGUUAAUGUAUUCCCUUUUCAUUGUAAAAUAAAUCUUAUCUAUAUUGCCA